AUGGAAAAUGUAUAUGAUCCAAGAUAUGUGUUACCAAAUUAUAAAUAUAUAAGGAAAGUAACCAUAUCUAGGUUUGAAACGUGGUAUAAACUUAUUGCAGAAGAGCUUGAAAACCUUACUACUAAAGUUGCACUUACUAUGGAUACUUGGAAAUCAAGUGCAGAUCAACCGAUGCUUAAUACAACUGAUAUACUUUUAAAAAGUUCAUAUCCAAGUAUUAGUGAUGUCUGUUUGGUUUUAAAGGCCACCAUUCUUGAUACUGCAUCUAAAUUAAUAAUAUUUCCAACUUCUAAGAGAGAAAGAGCUAUUACUAGUCUGAAAAAUAUAAUAGCUCAGUAUGCACCACCAGAAUUAGUAACAGGUGCUACCUCUACCUCCACCUCCACAUAUAAUGAAAAAAGACAAAAAUUUAUGUCAUUAGUAAUGCAACAAACAACAGAACUACAAACAAUUGGAAAAGUAACAGAACAGUUGGAAACAUAUUUGUCUUCACCAAUCAUUGCAAAUGGUUCUGAUCCUCUUCAGUGCAUUCCUUGUAAAGAAGCUUUUUUCACUGCUUCAAGAACAAUUUCAAAGCUCCGUAAUCAUCUCAACCCUGAGACAGCUCAU